AUGAUUCUGGUGCACGUCAAUGACCGCCUCGGCACCAAGGCGACGGUCCCCUGCCUGCCGUCGGAUACGGUGGGCAAUCUCAAGGUCAUGGUGGCGGCGCAGAUCGGGCGGGCGCCGCGCGAGAUCCUGCUCAAGCGACAGGGUGAGCGGCCGUUUAAGGACUUCAUUACGUUGGGGGAUUAUAGUAUUACCAAUGGGGUGCAGUUGGAUUUGGAGAUUGGGACGGGGGAUUAA